GGCGUAAGGGCGGCGAGUGGGACGAGGGCCCAGUUCUGUGAGGGGCAGGAGUGGCCCCGGCCCCGGCCCCUGACCCUGACCCUGACCCUGACCCUGACCCUGACCCUGACCCUCUCCGCCAUGGAGCUGGAGGAUGAUUUCGAUGUUUUGGAUCCAGAGAGAUUAAUACAAUGUCCAUAUAAUAAACAUCAUCGAAUCAGAGCCUGUCGGUUUCCCUAUCACCUUGUAAAGUGUAGGAAGAGCUACCCUGAAGUUGCAAAGAAAUUGGCCACAUGCCCCUUCAAUGCUCGCCAUCUAGUUCCUCAGGCUGACCUCAGCAAUCACAUAUUGAAGUGCAAUGACAAAGGGUUAAUUGAGCAAGAUAUAGUGAAUCAGUCCUCUGGCUUCCAAAGAGAGCAGAUGAGUGCUACGAGCACAUGGCAGGCACCUCCAUGUGAUGAAGACUGGGAAACAGAGUCGUUGGAGUCAGAUUGUCCUUUUGUUUGGGGCAUGACCAAUUCUGGCAUAAACAGUUUCAGUACCACCUUUGAACAAAAGAUUUGCUUGCCUGCAAGAGUACGUGUCCCUGAGUCCUUGCCGGAUGCCUUAUCAUUAAAGCAUCCUGAUCGCACCUUUGCAACUUCAAGCCUUAAGCCUUAACUUUAUCAUGUGGGUGCAUGGUGGUUCAAGUCAUACAAUAAUGGGGAGUCCUCUGUGAAUUCCGUACAAUGUGCAUAAUACCAAACAAGUGAAGUUUAAAGAGUACAUUUAAGUACUUGUCUAGUUUCCAUUAGAGUUGUGUAGUUUUCUAAGACUUGAAACACGUUUGAGAAUUCUAACAUA